CUUCGCACUGGAGUGAGUUGUCGCUAGCUGGCAGCAGCAGGAUUGUCAGAGGAAGGUGGCGUCGUCAGAGGGGUCUUCGUGCUGACUUGUAUCUGGGAGGCACAUCUACACCAGAGCCCCCCUCUCUCAGACCACACAUCCUGAUGGAGGCCCCGCUGGUGUGUCUGGACGAGGAGUUCGAGGACCUGCGACCGUACAGGAUGGAGGACCAGGAUCAGACCUCCCCCUGCUCCUCCCCCUACCAUGACUCCUUCACCACCACCACCGCCCCCCUGGCCCCCCUCACCCGAGAGGACUUCUCUGAGCUGGAGAACUUCUCUGAGAUGAUGAGCUUCAAGUCCAUGGAGGAUCUGGUGAACGAGUUUGACGAGAAGCUCAACGUGUGUUUCCACAACUACAACACGAAGACGGAGGUCCUGGCUCCGGUCCGGAACCAGGCCCAUGCAGAGGAGGACGAGGAGAGGCUGCAGGACGAGGAUGUGUGGGACGCGCUGACAGACAACUACGUCCCGUCCUCCGUGUCCAGCUGGGACGAGCCCAACUCAGAGGGGAUCAACGGGAACCUCUCCGACCAGGAGAUUCAUGAAAAAGAAGAAGAGGAGAUGAACGAGAAGAACGACAACGCUAACUGUCUGAGCGAGGAGCCGCUCGUCACAGCUGACCAGGUCAUUGAGGAGAUAGUUGAGAUGAUGGAGAACUCCCCAGACCCUGGAGAGACGGAGGAUGAGGAGGAGAGCAUCCACUCCUCCUCCAAGACCAGCCCCUCGCUCCUGAAGGAGAUCCGGCAGCUGUCUCUGGCCUCCAACAACAACUGCUCCUACGAAGGCCUGACCCUGAUGCCGGGCCCAGCCCUGGAGCAGCUGCUGAGCAGGGUGGAGGCUGCGAUCCGUGAGUACUCAGAGGAGCUGGUCACCCAGCUGGCUCGCAGAGACGAGCUGGAGUUUGAGAAGGAGGUGAAGAACACCUUCAUCACCCAGCUGAUGGAGGUGCAGAACAGGCAGAAGGAGCAGAGGGACGGAGGGAAGCGCCGGCGCAGGGACAAGGGCCUCAGCCUGCAGGACAACACCACCGUCAGCCCUGCCCCCACCACACUGGGCACCACCAUGCCCAUAAAGGUGAGCGCUGCCCCCACCACACUGGGCACCACCAUGCCCAUAAAGCGCUUCAGUAUGGAGGGUCUGUCCAACAUCCUGCAGACCGGCAUUAGGCAGACGUUCGGGGGCACAGGAAACGACAAGCAGUACCUGAACACUGUCAUCCCCUACGAGAAGAAGGUGUCUCCUCCCUCCGUGGACGACCUGCAGAUGCUAACCAACAUUCUUCAUGCUAUGAAGGAGGACAGUGACAAGGUGCCUACUCUGUUAACUGACUACAUAUUAAAAGUGUUAUGUCCUACCUAAAGAAACCAAGCCAUGACCUGCUGUCUGAAUGAGAGUUCAGGGAGGGUUUCUCCAACCUGGCAACCCCUCCAGUCCAAGCUGCAUGAGCUCCUUCCCCCUUUCAUUAUCAGCCAUGGAUCGUUAACAUCUAAAUUAUUGUACCUUACUCAUCUAAUACAACUACUGCCUUUGCUGAGCUCACCUUGUCCUGCACACUAGGGUCUGGCCAGAUCCAAAAUGGCCACCAACUGAAUUCUACUGCAUGGGGAAACUGGUCCCCCUUAAAGGACUACUAACUGAUCUCUAUUCAGAGCAUGGGAAGUUACUACCGGCCACAUAUAUACAGGGAUGAGAUGUCUGUUUUUUUUUUUGUUUUUUUUUAUGAUUUCAGAUCCUGUUUGAUUUCACCUGCGGCCCAGAGGGCUGUUUUUUGUUUUUUUUUGUAUUUUAUGAAAUUCCAUUUGCUGACCCAUAUUGCAUUGUACAGUUUAUUGAAAAGUGUCACAUUUCACUUGAUAAUUUCUACUCCAUUAAUCAUAAAACACAUUUGAAUACAAAAGCCAUUUGAAGUAACCUUUCUGCCAAUAUAGUGCUGUAGCUACUCAGACAAACUUUACGGGUGCAGUACAUUUGAAUGUUUUUUUUUUCAGCAAAUAUUUGGAUAUUCAGUGCUCUUUUGACUUUUUUGUCGUUUGUUUUAACUUGUAUCUAAUCUUAAAAUAGGAAAUGACACUGUUGUUAAUUUUAUACUUGUACAGUAUGUACUGUAUAAUCUGAAUGAUAAGAACAUGUCACCCAUAGGCUGUGGAGUUAUUCAUUGAGUUUUCAUUGACUGUCAUUCAUGGAUGAGCUGAUUUCAACAAGACGUAUUCUUUUGAGCCACUUCAGUGGGAACUCUGUGCUAAUCGCAAAUUCAAAUAAACAUGAUAACCUAAGAUG